CGCCUCAGGCGCCUCAGGCGCGCCGCGGGUCGCCUCAGCCGCGCGGGCCGCGAUGUCUUCCCGGCCCGGGCGUGACGACGCGCGAGCCGGAGGCGCGCGGCGGCCGCGGGAGUCGGCCGAGCAGGAGCUGCAGCGGCGCCGAGAGCAGAAGCGGCGGCGGCACGACGCGCAGCAGCUGCAGCAGCUCAAGCACCUGGAGUCCUUUUAUGAGAAACCUCCUCCUGGGCUUAUCAAGGAAGAUGAGACUAAGCCGGAAGACUGUAUACCAGAUGUACCAGGCAACGAACAUGCCAGGGAAUUUCUGGCUCACGCACCAACUAAAGGACUUUGGAUGCCACUCGGGAAAGAAGUCAAAGUUAUGCAGUGUUGGCGUUGUAAACGGUAUGGUCACCGAACAGGCGACAAAGAAUGCCCUUUCUUUAUCAAAGGCAACCAAAAGUUAGAACAGUUCAGAGUAGCACAUGAAGAUCCUAUGUAUGAUAUCAUACGAGAGAAUAAAAGACAUGAAAAGGACAUAAGGAUACAGCAGUUAAAACAGUUACUGGAGGAUUCCACCUCCGAUGAAGAUGGGAGCAGCUCCAGCUCCUCAGAAUGUAAAGAGAAACACAAGAAAAAGAAGAAGAAAGAAAAGCAUAAGAAAAGGAAAAAAGAAAAGAAGAAGAAGAAAAAACGAAAGCAUAAGUCUUCCAAGUCGAAUGAGAGUUCAGACUCGGACUAAGACUUGACCUAUUCCAUGUUCUCCUCUCAAAAAUCAGACACUGUGGCCCCAGACCAGAGGGUGUGGUAUCGGGGAGGACUUGGAGACCCCAAGAGAGCAGGGCAUUCGGUGUCACGCGUGUGAAUUCCCACCUGCCUUCCAGCGAAGACGUGACCCCCGGAGGGUGAGUUGUGUCUUCCCUGGUGCUGGCUCUGGACAGCGGCUGAUUUCAGGCAGGAAAGCGUUGUUCAUUGUCUUCCUCCCACUGAUCCCUGCAGUUUGUGAUUCCUUCCAGCUGCCUCUGCCAGGGGGGUUAGACUGAGGGAAUGAGUCUCUGAGGAAGCUCCAGGUGCUGCUGCAGCCUUCCCCCUCCCCCUGGGAGCGUUCCCAGAAUUCCCAGAGACUCCAGUGUGGCUUUUCUCUGUUGUCGAGGGUAAUAAAAGCUCAUUAUUUAUUUUUUAAA